AUGCCAUUAUAUAUCAAUCUUUCAUCCACAUUUAAUCUUUUCCUAGAUGAUAAUGGAUUAAAUCAUUUGGAUUUCUUUGAAAGUAAGGUUGCUCCAUUAAUAUCAAUAAGUCCUCAAUCAUCAAAUUAUUUCUUAAAGACAUUUUUCACCUUAGCUAUUACUAAUGAAAGUAUUCUGAAUGGGUUAGCAGCUUGGGGUGCUUUAUUUGAUAAUAAUCUUAAUGAUACUGAUAAAUAUGUUCAAAUGAAUAAGUACAUCGAACGAGGGAAUGCCUUAGUUGAAGCCACGUCUACCAAUGAUAAAUUUGAUUCCUUCGUAAAGUUAGCUUAUUAUCUAAUCUUAAUUGGUAUUCAAGUAUGUGCCGGAGAUACUAAACAUUGGCAUGAAUAUCUUCAAAAAUGUGUUAAAUUAUUCAAAGAUUAUGGUGGAUUAUCUAAAUUUUUAAAUGAUUUCACUUUUUCAAAUGAUUGUAAAUUUUUAGUAUCAAAUUUCCAAUUUCAUGAUAUAAUGUCAAGUGAAACUUUAAAGAAUGGUACCAUUUGUUCUAUGACCCAUUAUAAUGAUUUAUUCAAGUUUAAUAAGAUAUUAGAAUUAGAUAAUUAUGGUAUUGAUCCUUAUCAAGGAUGUAUACAAUCGAUUUAUUUAUUAUUAGGGGAAAUCAUGAAUACUUAUGUGGCAUUAAAAGAAGAACGAAUCAAUUUAAAUCAUUUAUUAAAUGAAUCUCAUAAUUCAAAUCCUGAUGCCAUAAAUAAUCUUCGAUUAAGUUAUUUCAAGAGAAUUAAUGAAAAAAUUACAGAAUUAGAUAAUAAGAUAGAUUUUUGUCAACCUAAUCAAAAUCAAUUAAAUCAAUUAUCAUAUGAAGAUCAAGCCAAUCACUUAAAGUUAUUCGAAUUAUACCGAAUCACUUGUAAAAUGUACUUAUUCUUAUACAUAAAGCAAACCCAACCUAUAUCAAGUGAAAUUCAAAAUUAUUUAAUUAAAGCUCAAACCAUUAUAAAUGAGUUGGUCGAAACCAAUUUGGUCAGUUCAUUAAACAUGUCAUUAUUAAUCUGUGGUAUAUCGUGUUGUAAUACUUUUGAUAGACAAAAUUUGAAUAGUAAAUUUUUAAAAGUUUAUGAAAAAUAUCAUGUUGGAAAUGUGAGGAGAAUUUGGGAUGUAGUUAAAGAAUCUUGGUCAAGAAAUAAGAAUGGAAAUAUAUGCAUUGAUUGGUUAGAUAUUUGCAAUGAUUUUGGUUGGAAAAUUUCCAUGUGUUAA